CAACUGAGGACACUAAACCUCUGGUAUCUCAGCACCAGUUCUUCUGACUGGGGAAGAACUUCCCCCUCUUGCAUUGGCCAUGCAUUCACUAUGCCCACGACACUUCCCCUCCUACGGGAAAAUGUCACAUACGAGGAGGCCAGACAAAGAGAAAUCAACACCGUUCACCAACUAACAUAUCCCAAGGCGCAACUCGAGUUCUACAAUUUCCUUUACAGACGUCAGAUCCUAAUUCAGAAGCGAGUCGCUCAUCAUCUCAAUGUACCUUCUUCAACGUGUCAGGUCGCGGCUCCCAAGGACUGGAUGCAGGGCAGCUUCAAUCUAUGCAUCCCAGUAACUUUGGCCGACUCGAAACGUGUUCUUAUUCGAUUUCCGCUCCCUUAUCGUGUCGGCGACAAGGUGUGUCCGGGAAAUGCUGAUGAAAAGGUUCGGUGUGAGGCUGCAACCUACGUAUGGAUGCAAAAAGAGUGCCCGAGGAUCCCAAUUCCUCGCCUCUAUGGAUUUGCCCUCUCAAGCGGCCAAUGCUUUACUGCAGUUACGCAUCGCCCUCUGCUCACCCGUUUACUACGUUUCCUUCGACAUCGGUUCCUGUCUUGGUUCGGUCGUCCUGUUCCCUCCGACCUAAUCCCUCAUCACACCAGUCUGUCGCAUGAGUUAGGGGGAUAUAUACUCAUAGAGUAUGUUGAUCAGACAAGGGGAAAAGCGCUAGCAGAUACAUGGGAGACUGGCCGAAUGAACAAAGAGCUCAGGAGCAAUUUAUUUCGCAGCCUCUCACGAAUCAUACUGGCAAUGACCCGGAUUCAUUAUCACCGAGUUGGAUCAUUCAUCAUCGACGACCAAGGUCUUCUGCGGUUAGAAAACCGACCUCUUACGCUAGAGAUACAAGAUUUGGAGAACGAUGGAAUUCCUCUUGAUAUCCCAAGAGGCCGUACAUUCUGUACCGCCGACGCAUAUGUCGAUGCUCUGUUGUCUUGUCACGACAGUCGUCUACAACAUCAGCCCAACGCAGUCAACGAUGCAGGGGACUGCGUCAGUCAGAUGUGCGCCCUGGUGCUCCUACGCGCCUUACGUCCUCGAUUUUUUGACCCGAAGCUCAACCAUGGGCCUUUCGCUCCUGUUCUGACUGACCUCAAUGUCCACAACAUCUUUGUGGACGAUGAUUGGAAUGUCACUUGUAUCAUUGAUCUCGAAUGGACUGCAGUCCUUCCGCUUGAGUUUAUACGGACUCCUCGUUGGCUGACAAGUCAGGCCGUGGACGAGAUUGACGUCGAUAACUACAACGUGUCCCGGGAAGAGUUCAUGGGAAUCUUUGAAAAGGAAGAAGGAUACCUUGGUCGCUGUGACGAUAACUUUCGAUGCUCGUCUAUUGUGAACAGGACCUGGACACUGGGUACAUUCUGGUAUGUGCUUGCCUUGCAAAGCUCGACCGGUCUUCAUACACUCCUGUAUGAUCGCAUCCAGCCGCGUUUUCAUAAGGUGGAUGAGGACAGCACCGACUUUUAUAUAUCGACUUACCAGUACUGGACGGAAAAUGCCAACGCUUUCAUCAAAAAGAAAGUCGAAGACAAGAUUGCCUACGAUGAAAAAUUAUGCGAAGUCUUCGAGAUGUCCCUGCAUGAUCGGUUCUGAAGCAAUGUGUCACGGCGAUGGCGUACAUCAGAUGUUUCGUUCAGCUGCUCUUGCCCUUGAUGUCCGGUGCUGUUUUCAUUUGACCUUGUUUCGUCCUUCAAGAGUACUUCAUGACUUGUUCGUCACAUGUCCUAGACGGUGACUUGUUGCGGGAAGUCCUGUCUUGUAGUGCGUCGUUGGUUGAGUCAGUAAGUACGUCACGGAUGCCGCCGUUAUAACGUCGAGAGAGGCUGUCAUAUUCUACCUUAAGACGGCAAGCACACUGUCCGGGAAUAGUAAAGUUGUGAAAUAUCCAGCC